GACAAUCAGCUGAUCACGCUAACAAUUUUUUUCGCUGCGAAGAAACAAAUAUAUAAAUUUUUAAUUGUACAAAUUGUUUAAUUAUCUAUUGUGCAAAUUUCUUGUGUUUACCUUUCCCCCUAUUAAACGGAUUAUUGAAUUCCCGUCACGAGGAUAAGAUAGAAAUAUGUUUCGCAGUCGUAGCUGGUUUGGGGGAGGCUGGAAUAAACCCAAGAACAGACUUUCCUUGGAGCACUUGAAAUACUUGCACAGUGUUUUGGAGAAAAAUACAACAGUUUCUGAAAGCAAUAGAGGCUUGCUGGUGGAAUCAUUGAGAUGCAUUGCCGAAAUACUCAUCUGGGGCGACCAGAACGAUUCUUCCGUAUUCGAUUUCUUUUUAGAGAAAAAUAUGCUAUCAUAUUUUUUGCAAAUAAUGCGGCAAAAAAGUGGUGGAUCGAGUUUUGUAUGUGUUCAACUCCUGCAAACAUUGAAUAUCCUUUUCGAGAAUAUAAGAAACGAAAUGUGUGUUUAUUACCUUCUUAGUAACAAUCACGUAAAUUCAAUUAUUGUACACAAGUUUGACUUCUCCGAUGAGGAUGUAAUGGGUUAUUAUAUAUUAUUUCUUAAAACGUUGAGUCUAAAAUUGAAUAGCCACACCAUACAUUUCUUCUACAAUGAGCAUACCAAUGAUUUCCCCCUUUAUACGGAAGCCAUUAAAUUUUUCAAUCACCCCGAAAGUAUGGUUCGAAUAGCUGUUCGCACAAUUUCUUUAAAUGUUUACAAAGUACAAAAUGCCAGCAUGCUGCGUUUUAUAAGAGACAAAACGGCCGCUCCUUACUUUAGUAAUUUGGUUUGGUUUAUUGGCAAGCAUAUUCUGGAACUUGAUAAUUGCGUACGCACUGACAUUGACCAUCAAUCGAAUCAAAAACUUUCGAAUUUAGUUGCCGAACACUUGGAUCAUUUGCACUAUUUAAACGAUAUACUGUUACUUGAAAUCAACGACUUAAAUGCUGUUUUAACUGAACAUUUAUUGCACAAACUGUUUGUGCCUUUAUACAUAUUUUCAUUGACGCCGGCGCCGCCACCAACUUCCUUGGCCCUGGUGACACAAAAUCUUGCUGCUGUCCUUAAUCGAAAUGUUGAUAUUGACAUUCAGGAGAUGCAAAAUCCAAGAGUGUCAUCAAUUGUUGCCUUAUAUUUACUGUCAUUGGUAUUUCUUGUGGUAACGCAUUCACCGCUUGUCCAUGCCUUGGCCUGGGUUAUACUGAAUGGCGAUAACAGCGUUUUUAAAGAAGGUGCUGCUUCUGUGCUUUAUGUGGAACAUCGUCAAGCUAUGGUGCCCAGCUUCACUGAACCCAGAGAGAGUUUAGAGCAAGCAUUGGGGACAGCAGCCAAUUUUUCGGGCUACUCAUAUGGGGAGGAAUCCACAGAAGAAAGUGCAAUUGCUGCCGUUGCGGUAAAUAAUGAUGCUGUUGUUGAUGAAACUGAUAUUCACAGCUCUAGCGAAGCUUUGGAAAAUGCCGAAUCUUCAGUGCUAACAUCAACGGCCAAAUUGGCAAACAUAACCGAUGAAGAGAAAGAAAAGCUGCAGCUAAUGACAUCACCUACGGCAACGUCUACCAUAGCUGCUGCUUUGCAAAGACCAUUCUUGGACACAGUUUUGUCCGCUUUGGAUUGUUCAGAGAAUGACUAUUUGGCAUUGUUAGCACUAUGCCUAAUAUAUGCUAUGAGUUUCAACAAAGGAAUCAAAAAUGACUGGUUUCAUCAGGUGCUAUCCAAAUCUGGCAAUGGAACAAUAAGUUACAAAACAGAAAUUAUUGAACGUUUAUUAAAUAUUGUUACGCUCUCUAAUCAGCCAUCGUGUCGCAUACGUCUGAUAACAAUUGAGAUCGCUUUACAUUUGCUAGUUGCUUUUACAAAGCCAAACAGCGAUGACUGUCCACCAACAGUAUUCACUGAAAGCCAACAAGAAAUCCUAUUUGCUGCCCACUCGCAGUCCAUGUCUGUACUGCGAAAUUUCUACAAAUCAGAAGAUAUAUUUCUAGACCUAUUUGAAGCCGAGUACAAUGAGAUGCGUAAAGCCAAUUUAAAUGUAGAGUUCCUAUGCAUGGAUUCGGCGAUAUUGUUACCACCCACAGGUACACCGUUGACAGGUAUACCAUUUACAAGACGUCUUCCUUGCGGAGAGGUGGAAAAGGCUCGGAGAGCUAUACGAGUAUUCUUUCUUUUACGCAAAACGUGCCAACAAUUUUUAAAUGAAAAAGAAAAUAUGCUGCCAUUGACCAACUCUUUGAAUUUGGUGCAAAUAGAUAAUGUCUUGGACCUAAAUAACAGCGACUUGAUAGCAUGCACUGUAAUCGUCAAGGAUAAUGUUAAGCAGCGCAGAUUUCUUGUUAUUGACUCGCUACAAUUGAUUUUAGUUGAACCAGAUGCCAAACUCUUGGGAUGGGGUGUUGCAAAGUUUGUAGGCUUCCUGCAAGACGUUGAAGUUGUCGGCGACAAAGACGACAGCAGAUGUUUAUAUAUAACAGUACAUCGUGGCGGCGGUGCUGGCCAUAAUCGCACACCUUUAAUAUCUGCCAAGUUUUUAUUCGACGAUCACAUUCGUUGCAUGGCCGCCAAGCAGAGGUUGACCAAGGGCCGAAGUAAAGCUAGGCAAAAGAAAAUGUACCAAAUUGCUCAAAUGAUCGAAAUGCCUGGACAAGUUAUAGAUUCCCCCGUUUAUGCUGUUGGAGGAUUGAGAUCUAGCGGAGCGGGCAGUAGCAGCAGCUCAAGGUCUUCGCGUGAGCAUAGACCCAUGUUUUCAACAACGUCUCGGGUGCCUGGCUUUGCAGCUGCCUUAAGGCGCGAUAGUGGUUUGUCUGCCGGCGUCAGUCGCAUACAAAUGGCUCAGAAUCGUUCGUUAGAAGGCAUACGUAAUGAAACUGCCGGUCGUUCUCGCAGACGUAGUCCUAAUUCCAAUACUAACAACACUGAGGGAACUGUCAGUUCUUCUCAACGUGAGCAUUCCCAUUCGCCAAGUGUGGGUGCAAAAAGCACUUCGCACUCCCGGGACAAUUCAAUGCAAAGGGCAUCUAGAGAAGGUAGCCCCCUCUCGCAGAGGCCAAGAUCUGAAGAGAUUCCUUUGGAAGAUUUUCAACAUUCGCGUAAUAACAGUCCGCAUGGAAGGACGCCCACGUCAUCUUCAAAUGCAGGUUCUCGCUCGCAUACUCCUUCCCGCGCUCUAAAUUUUGAUCAAAUUUCCAUACAUAAUGCAUCACCCAGGAGAGAUAGUAACAUGGCCACACAACCCAAUGGUGUUUCUGGCCACAAAGAAAAUACCCUACACACCCAAAAGUCGUCAGAGGAAACUUCUUUCAUAGCAACAGAUGAGACAGCUAACUCUGUGUGCGCUUCAACUACCACCUCCAGUUCAAGGCGCAAAGGAAUCAUAGAAACCGUUUAAAAACUCAGUCCGAUAUUUAUACCUUUAUAAAAUUAAUUUCAGCAUUAAUUAUUCUAUGGGGAAAUGUGGUAUUUUGUUUUUAAACUAUUUAUAUUAAAAUAAUCGUUAACAUAAUUCGGAGUUAAGUUAAUCGCACUGGCCUGCUUGUUAGUGAGAAACUAUAAUCAAUAUGUAUUUUUAACUAACUAAUUGUAAAUAACAACAAACAUUAUAUAUUUAGAAUAAAGUUUUAUGUUAAUUAACAACAACAAAUUUAUGAACAGCUUCCAAAAAGAGUACUGCAAGAAUAUCAACCUUU